AGAACUGUGAAGCCAAUUAAUUGAUUUGAGGAUGAUCAAUAUCAACGUGAAGGAAUGCAGUUUGGUCCAGCCGGCGGAGGAGACUCCCAAGUCGGUGCUGUGGAACUCCAACGUUGACCUGGUGGUCUUGAGGUUCCACAUGGCGAGCGUCUACUUCUACCGGCGGCCGGCGGGAGCCACCGAAUUCUUCGACCCGGCGGUGCUGAAACGGGGACUGGGCAAGGCACUCGUGCCGUUCUAUCCGAUAGCCGGGCGGCUUGGGGAGGACAAGGAUGGCCGUACCGAGAUCAACUGUAACGGUGCGGGCGUUCUGUUCGUCCUCGCGGAGACCACGUCGGUGAUUGAUGAUCUUGGGGACUUUGCGCCCAAGUUGGAGCUCCGGCAGCUUGUUCCUGCUGUGGAUUACUCCGGCGGGAUCUCCACCUUUCCUCUCUUGGUUAUUCAGGUGACGUAUUUCAAGUGCGGCGGAGUCUCGCUCGGAGUCGGAAUGCACCACUGCGUGGCCGACGGACUCUCCGGCCUGUCUCGAGGCCUCGACCUCAACCUCCCACCCUUCAUCGACCGGACCCUCCUCCGAGCCCGCCGGCCGCCCCGACCUUCUUUCCCGCACAACGAGCACCUCCCCCCGCCGGCAAUGAAAAUCCCCUCCACAACCGCCAACAACGCCGCAGCCGUCAGCUCCAUCUUCAACCUCACAAGAGACCAGCUCAACGCCCUGAAAUCAAAAGCCAAAGAACCCUGUAACGACGACAUCAGCUACAGCUCCUACGAGAUCCUCGCCGGCCACAUCUGGCGGUGCGUCUGCAAAGCCCGGGGCCUCCCCGACGACCAGGAGACCAAGUUGCACAUCGCCACCGACUGCCGGUCUCGCCUCCGGCCGCCGCUCCCUCCGGGGUACUUCGGAAACGGGAUCUUCAUCGCGGCCCCGAUCGCGUCGGCGGGGGAUCUGCGCACCAAGCCGGCCUGGUUCGCUGCGAGUCGGAUCCAUGAGGUUUUGACCCGGAUGGACGACGAGUACCUGAGGUCGGCGCUGGAUUACUUGGAGGUCCAGCCGGAUCUGUCGGCGCUGGUCCGCGGGGCCCAUACGUUCAAGUGCCCGAACCUCGGGGUAACUAGCUGGGCCCGGCUGCCGAUUCACGAUGCAGAUUUCGGGUGGGGCCGGCCCAUCUUCAUGGGCCCGAUAGGGAUCCCGUUCGAAGGGUUGUCGUACAUUCUGCCCAGUCCGAUCGGUGACGGGAGCAUGUCGGUGGCCAUCUCGCUGCCGCCGGAGCACAUGAAACUGUUUCAGAGCCUUAUCUACGAAAUUUAGCAGGAAUUUGGAGAUGCUGGCUCCCUACAUAAUCCUAGUAGCAGAAGGAUUCAUGAAUAAAUGUGAGUGAGAGGUUUCGGACCAUAAGAUGUUGGGACUUGGGAGUUCUUUUUAUGUUGUGUUUUCGUCUAUAUGAUAAACGGUGUCGUUGUGGUUAG